AUGAGACCAGACAUACCAAGUUUCUGCCCGACAAAGUCCGCCAUGUGUUCUACAUGGAUAUCUUGGAUGAAUGCCCUGUGCUUCAGCCCUGUGCUUCAGGCCAGUGCUCAAUUUACCCUGGUCCCCAAUCCCGCGCCCACCGAAAUCGACACAUUCAUGUCAACGAUCGAGGUGCUAGCGGCCGGCGAGUCAAGCGUUGUCUAUGGGGUUGACGGCAAGAGAGUCGUAAAAGAAUACACAAUCACCAAAAACAAAGAGGAGCUCAUCGAGCGUCGAGCAUACCAGCGGCUUGGCUCACAUCCAAAUAUUGCCAGAUGUCUUGGGAUCACAUUCAGUGGUUCUAUCAUCCUGGAACGAGGCCAGGCCCUUCGGACAGUAUCCCAAAGGACGAAUGUAGCGCAGAUUCCAUUGCCCAGGAAGAUUCGCUGGCUCAGGAAUAUUGCGGAGGGCCUGCGCCAUAUCCAUCAAAAAGGAAUCGUGCAUGCCGAUGUUGGAUGCCAAAACGUGAUCUUGGUGGACCCGGGCGACCGCGCGAAGAUAAUCGACUCUGACGGCUGCAGUAUCGAUGGGGAAGACGCGAAUGCUUGUUAUGAAUGGUUCAGUUAUCGACGGUCGAUGCCGAGAGUGAGCGAACAGACUGAUAUCUUCGCUUAUGGCUGUUUGGUGUACGAGAUCAUCACAGGCCGUCCCCCCUACGAGGAAUUCGGAACGUCCGAUUACCGGUCCUACCUUGUCCGGCAACUCUAUCAGGGAGCCCAAUUUCCCGCUGUCUCGCAUCUGCCCUUGGGCCCCUUGAUGCAGGGUUGUUGGCAUGGCACUUUCAAAUCUAUGACAGAAGUGAUCCAGGCAGUGGACCUGGCCGACCGUUCGAAUCGGAAAGCCAAAGCCAAGUUUAGAGCAGCCUCCAUCGUCGGGGCUCUCAAGAGCAGCUGGACACGCCAUCGGUGGCCGAGCAGAUCUUGA